AUGGAGAGAUUCCAGAAAUUCAUUUUACUUCCUCUCAUCUUAACUGCCUCACUACCAGGUCUUGGCUUUUGCUACUCUAUUAUACGUGGCCCUAGUAAUGCAACAGUCCUUGCUGGUUUGGAAGCCCGGUUUAAUUGCACAGUAUCGGAAGGAUGGCUAAUUCUCAUUUGGCUGUCCAACGGAAACCCCAUCCUCACUGUCAUCAAUUCUCAAGGAGCUGUUGAAACAUCAGACCGCUUCACCUCUCAAAAUUAUACCAGUAGCAAUGGGUUUACCUCAGAGCUGAUCAUCCACAAAACCCAGCUGAGUGACUCUGGAAAAAUCGAAUGCAGCAUCCAGCAAACUAGUGAUAAUGGCUUUGCAUUUCUUUCUGUUCAAGUUAAUGGAUCUUUAUUCAUCAAAAAUAGCACCUUAACAGUAAAAGACAACAAAACAGUUGAAAUUGUUUGUGAAGCCAUAGGAUGGGCUCCAGCUCCAGACAUUACCUGGAUGACAAAUGGCUCCUUCAUUGAUAAGUCAAGGUAUGCUACCCAGCAAAGUCAAGGAUCUAAUGGCCUCCACAAUGCCCUGAGCACUCUAACUUUGACUCCAACGGACACUGAGAUUUUGACUUGUUUAGCUGACAUAGAAGCACUCCCUAACCCUCAGAAUGCAUCUGUAACUCUUAUUUUUGUCAAUUCUACUUUAGAAAAUUAUUACAGUGAUGACAACAGAAACACAUGGGUUAUUGUACUUGCAAUCGUGCUUUCAUUUCUUGGUAUUGUUCUUCUGAUCACUAUUAUCGUGGUUGUUGUACGCUGCUGCUGCUUAAAGAAGAAAGGUUCUACAUAUCAAAAUGAAAUCAGAAAAGUUUCAUCUGAGAAGAACAAAGAUGGUGAUUUGCAAAACAGGCAAAGGCAUGGUAGUGAAAAUCAGGGAUAUAUUCCAGAAGAACUGUGGAAUGCAGAACAUAGCUCAGGAAUUGCCUCUCUUCCCCCAGUAUCUUCAAAGUUCACUGUCCCUACUGCAGAUUUACAUAUCAGUUCUUCACGAAAGACUGUGUAUUAUACUACAUCCAAACAGAUUUUGGAUGAAGAUAGACAUUUGUAA